AUGGCCAACCACUACGAAGCCUUCGCGAAAGGUAUUGUCGAGCAGGCCGCCAACGACAAGCGAGCCCAGCCCUGGAAGAACAGCGUCGACACCGGCGCCGCUGCCCCUGCCGAAGAAUGGAUCGAGAUCAACGCGCGGCGCAACAUUGACGUCCGCACCAACGCCUUUCCCGUGGGCGAAGUGGACGUCAGGACCAACUCAUUCCCCGUCGGUGAGGUCGACGUUCGCACCAACGCCUUCCCGGUGGGCGAGGUUGACAUCCGAAGUAACGCCUUUCCAGUUGGAGAGAUCGACGCCAGGACCAACGUGUUCCCCGUGGGAGACAUCAACGUCCGAAGCAACGCUUUCCCUGUGGGGGAGAUCGAUGUCCGGACCAACGCUUUUCCUCUGGGAGGCGUCGAUGUCAGGGAGAAUGCCUUCCCUAUGGACGAGGUCAACGUGUUGACCAACUCAUUCCCAAUCUGA